AAAUUUGCCAACGGUCCCAUAGGUGUUGGACAUCUCGCGAAUGGUGCAGCUGAACGAUAUGCAUAUACUGGUAUAUUCCGUGUAUUUUCUUAUUGUGUUCAGUGGCAUUUGUACUACAGGGUAGAUUGCAGACUUUCCAGCCCCCUUUCCGAAACAAAUAUUCCAAAAAUCUCUUGGCUUCAUUCAUUGCACCCCAAACCAAAAAAUUUAAAAGGACACCUGCUCCAGUUGGAUUGUGAACAAGACAGGAAUCGGAAACUUAUAAAGACCGAGUAUUUUUGGAAUCGAAGAAUGGCUUUAGAUUUUCUAGCUGGUUGUAUUGGAGGUUGCGCUGGAGUUUUAGUGGGACAUCCCUUGGAUACGGUCAAAGUUCAUUUGCAAACCCAAGAUCCCAAAAGUCCAAAAUAUAAUGGCACAUGGCACUGUAUACGAACCAUCGUGGCGCAAGAUAAGAUAAGCGGUCUAUAUCGUGGCAUCACUAGUCCCAUGGGUGGCGUCGGUUUUGUAAAUGCCAUUGUUUUUGGCGUAUAUGGCAAUGUACAAAGAUCCAGGACGGAUCCUGAUUCCCUAGCAUCACAUGCUCUGGCUGGUGGGGUUGCGGGUCUUUUUCAAAGCAUUGUCUGUGCUCCCAUGGAGUUGGCAAAGACGCGGCUACAGCUGCAAAGCGAAUCGUCGCCUGGUCAAAAAUUUAAAGGACCAGUGCAAUACCUGCGCCAUAUUGUAAGACACGAGGGUUUGCGCGGCACCAUGAGAGGUCUAACGUUUACAGCCUUCCGUGAUGUCCCAGGCUUCGCCAGUUAUUUUGUCAGUUACGAAUUCAUGAUGCGCCAGCAAAGUCAACCCAACAUCGUCUAUGGCCUUUGUGCCGGUGGUCUGGCCGGUAUAUGCUCCUGGCUGGCUACGUAUCCCAUUGACGUGGUCAAGACUUGCAUCCAAGCUGAUGACCUGAAACACCCCAAAUACAAUGGUUACAUGGACUGCAUACGAAAGGGCUAUGAGAGCGAUGGCAUACGUUUCUUCUUCCGUGGCAUGAACUCCACCCUGAUAAGAUCAUUCCCAAUGAAUGCAGCCUGUUUCUUUGUGGUCUCCUGGAUUAUGAACUGGACAAAAAAACGUGACGUCGACGUGGUUGUCCACACGGGUGAUGCCGUGGCUUUAGUGAGUGUGGCCACCAGCACGCCUCUUUGUCACAUUCCGCACAUUGACCGAACCGAAGACCAGCUGCGACAUCGACGUUCACUACUGGCUCAGAGUUUACGAUCGUUUGGUGCAUUCAACGAGGCCGUCUGUCACAGCGAAACACAGGAGUUGGCCACCGAAUUUUAUCCAGACAAAGAAAAGUACUACAUAUUCGAAGAUGAACGGUUGCUGCAUAGGGCAGAUGAGCCAAUUCAAUUUUAAAUAGUUCGUAGUCCAACCCCAAAUGGGAAAAACCAAACCAACAUCCUAUUUUUUAUUAUAUUUUUAAACACUCCAAUCUAAUGUAUACAAAUAAGUGUAUAUACGUAUUUAUACAUGUGAAAAUGUACACAUGUAAAUACAUACAUACACCUAUGUUUAUGAUAUCUUGCUUAUGUGCAAGUAAAACAAUGAUAAAAGCCUAGAUCCUAAUAAUACAAACUAUACUGCCUAGAAGCUUCAAGCUUCCCCAUGUAAAACAAA